AUGAAAUCAUUUAAUAAUACUGACAAUUCAAAUAAACUUACUUAUCUCUUCAUAGAUGACUUGUUCUAUUUGUUUCCAUUUAUAUUAACUUUCAUAUUUCUACUAACAAAAAAAUUUAAUAAUAAAUAUUUCAAUAACAAUAACAAUAACAAUAACAAUAACAAUAAUCAAAAUCAGCUUUUAUUAAUUAAAAAAAUCAACUUUAAUCCAUUUUUCUCAAACUCAAACUUUGCUUUUCUAAAUCAAAAAGAACCCUUUUUUAUAUUCAUAAAUCCAAAUAAACUCGAUCACUUUAAAUUAUGUUUGGAAAUCCUACUUCUUUUGUCCCAAGCAAUUUCUCAGCUUUAUUUUUUAAUACUUUUAUUAUUAUUUUUAAAAAACAACCCAUCAGAAAUUGAUAUUAAUAACAAUCUCAACAAUAAUUUUGCUUUUAAAUUCAAGUUGAAUACUGUGAUAAAUAGCAUAAUAAAUCUGUUAUUCUGGUUGUACUUAUUAGCAAUCACUGUUUUACGCUUGAACAUAUCUACAUCUUCCAAAUAUAAUUCUCUGUCAACCCUUAUAAAUAACCAAAAUCACUAUCUAAAUUACAUUCAUAAUUUCAAUCGCUAUAAAUUACUUUGGUUGGUUUCUUUCGUUUCCUAUACUAUAAUACUUUUCCCAUCUUUUUUUCAAUUUAAAUUUUCUUUAUUCCAAUUAUUAAACAAUAACGCUAAUUUCAAUCAUUCGUUUUUCUUUUAUUUCACAUACUUUAAAAUUUUCCAAUUUCCAAUAGUUGUUUUUUUAAAUUUCACACUAUGGAUCUCAAAGAUUUGUUGUUUUGCUUACCCAAUUUUCAUUAAAAACUAUUAUCUAAAAUAUUGUCCUGAACCUUUAUCCAAUUUAUGGCAAUUAAUAUCUUAUUCCUGGAUAAACGAUAUACUUUACCUAAAAAAUGGCUUUAAAACAAAUAAUAUUCUGUUUUCAAAUGAUACUUUUGAUUUGAAUUUUAAUGAUUAUUCAAUAAAUAUUAUGAAAAACUCCAAUUUCUUUGACUUAUCUUUUACUCAAAAUGACAAUAACCAUGCUACUUCUGUUUCUUUUAUUCUCAAUUUUUUACUUAGCUCGAAAAAUUUAUUAUUCCAGCAAUUUUUCUUUGCCAUUCUAGAAUCUUUUUUAAUUUUUAUUCCUUCAUUAAUGUUUAGAAAAAUCAUACAGUUUAUUGAGGAUUAUGAUAAAUCUUCAAAUAAUGAUAUUAAACCAAUUUUACUUUAUAUCAUGAUAAUGUUUGUUGCAAAAUUGACAAAUUCAAUUUGUGCAAACUAUAGUUUAUACAUUGGAAGAAAAACUGGUGUCCAUAUGAAGACUUUAAUUAUAAACCAGAUAUACACAAAAUCAUUAAUUAAAAAAUGCAAUGGUUCACAAAAUGGCUCAAUUCUGAAUCUAGUCUCCAUUGAUACAAAUAGAAUCAGCGAAGUAACUUGUUAUUUGCAGUGCUGGUUAUCUUGUUCAUUGAUGAUAAUAAUAGCCGUUUUCUUAUUGUUCAACAUAUUGGGUUACAGUGCAAUUGUUGGAUCAUUAAUCUUAAUGUUACUAUUUCCUAUCAAUUAUAUUAUUGCAAGAAAAAUAAACAAAUACUCUAAAAACUUUCUUAAAUUUUCUGAUUUGAAAUUUUCAAAAUUGAAUCAAAUUUUUUCAAAUAUAAAAAUUGUUAAAUAUUUUUGUUGGGAAUCAAAUUAUUAUAAUAAAAUUAGAGAAAUUCGAUCUUUUGAAUUAAAAGAAUUAAAUGGAAAAUUCUUCUUUUGUUGCUUAUCAUCCUUUUUGUUUUUUUUAACACCAACCAUUGUCACCUUUUUUUCUUUUUAUUUUUAUGUCUUUUGGCAGAACAAUGUUUUAACUCUCUCAAUUGCUUUUACAAGCUUGAAUUUAUUUUUUCUAUUAAAGAAUCCUUUAGACCAAUUUAGCCAAAUGUUUAAUACAAUAGUUCAAGCAAGAGCCAGUCUAAUUCGAAUUAUUGCAUUUAUGAAUGAGCAAGAUACAGAUAAGUACUUGCAGAUAUAUAAAAUAAAAUCGAAAAAUGGUAUAUAUGAUAAUCAUAAUCAUAAGUUUAGUAAACUUUUUAGUGAUAAAAAUAUAAUUAAUAAUGUUUGCAGGAAAGAUAUAGUGAUAGGAUUCAAUAAUGCAACGUUAAAGUGGGAAAGUGGAUUUAAGUUGGAUAAUAUAAAUAUAGAUUUUCAAAAAGGGAAAUUAAAUGUAAUAAUUGGACAGAUUGGAUCAGGAAAGUCAUCGUUAUUAUUAGCAUUAUUAGGAGAAAUGAAAUUGGAGAAAGGUGAGAUUUUUUCAUUGCCAAUUUUUAAUGAUAUUAAUGAAAAUAUAUUAAACUCAAUAGUUGGUUAUUGCUCUCAAGACCCAUGGCUAAUUAAUGAUACAAUCAAAAACAAUAUACUAAUGGGAUCCGGGUUUGAUUCAAAGAGAUACAAGCAAGUGAUAUAUAAUUGUGGGCUAAUUAAAGAUAUACAAUUGUUGAAAAAAGGAGACUUAACUAUAGUUGGUGAUGAAGGAGGAUCAUUAUCUGGGGGUCAGAAACAAAGAAUAUCGUUAGCAAGAGCAAUAUAUUCUAAAUCAAGUCUUUUGGUAUUAGAUGAUAUUAUGAGUGCACUUGAUGCUGAAACUAGUCACUGGUGUUAUGAAAAUGCAAUUUGCCAUGAAUGGAAAACCAGAUACAAUGAAAAUGCAAAGUGUAAUAAUAAUGAAGAUGAUUUAUUGAAAGAUAGAACAGUGAUUUUAGUUUCACAUAAUUCCAAAUUGGCUUUAAGCAAAGCUGAUUGGUGUGUAGUAAUGGAGGAUGGAGAGGUUAAGGCCCAAGGAAUACCAAAGGAUUUAACUAACUAUUCAAUAUUCAAUAACAUGUUGAGCAAAUCAAUAAGACAAAACUGGAAGCAGAAUAUCAAGGAGGAUAAUGAGAUAAAUCGAGACUCAAAAUCGAGGAAUAAUUUAGUUUUUAAAAGAGAAGAACUGGAUGGGGAUCUGGUUAACCUUAAUAUUUCAAGAGAAUUCAUCACCAAACAUUUUGAUGAGGAAAAUUGUUUGAAUGAAGAAAUAGGGGCAAGCAAAAUUGGUUAUUCACUAUUUAUUUAUUAUUUGAAAAAUUUUUCUAAUUUGAGAAUUAUAGGAUGGAUAGUAGCGUUAUUUAUUGGAUCUCAAUGUGUUAGUGUUUUUCAAACAUGGUGGUUAAGCAAAUGGUCGAGUGAUUAUGGUGAUGGUGAUGGUGAUGGUGAUAGUAAAAGAAGUCAUUUAAUGAUUACUUAUAUUUUAGUUUAUUCAAUUUUUGGUAUUUUUUACUCUAUUGUUUCAACCUUCAAGUUAAAUCUUGUUUUGAACUAUGGAUUAAGGGCAUCCAAUCGACUAUUUGAGAAAAGUUUCAAGAAUAUAUUAAGGGCAAAAAUUGAAUUUUUCGAUAAAACAUCAUUAGGACAAAUAAGUAAUAGGUUUUCAAAAGAUAUUGAGACGAUUGAUCAGGAGCUACCGAUUUAUUUUGAGUCGUGUUUAAUGAGUUUAAUUGAAUGUUUAAUCUCGUUGAUUAUUAUUAGCAGUAUAUUGCCAUUAUUUAUUAUUUUUUUUGUGGUUGUUGUUGUGGUGUUUUGUAAGAUUGGGAAGGUUUAUUUAAGAGUGUCUAGAGAGUUGAAGAAAAAAGAAUCAGUUACAAGAUCGCCAAUCUACCAACAGUUGAAUGAGAGUUUGAAUGGAGUGGUUAGUAUUCGAGCAUUCAACUUGGGGGCAUAUUUUAUCAAGCAGAUGUUUGAAAAAAAUGAUAGCAACAAUCGGUAUUUUUAUUAUCUUUGGGUUUGUAAUCGAUGGUUGGCAUUUAGAAUUGAGACAAUUGGCAGUUUUAUUAUGUUGAUGAGCUGUUUUUUAGUUUUGGGUGGAAUUAAAAAGGAGAAAAUUAGCAAGAGUUUGGCAGUGUUAUGUUUGAAUUAUUCUAUUGGUAUUACGGAUCGGUUGUUGUGGGUUAUUCGACAGUAUAGCAAUGUUGAGAUGAGUAUGAAUUCAGUUGAAAGAUUAAAAGAAUUUGAAGAUGUUGAGCAUGAGGAUAUUGAUUUUAGUUAUAAAGAUGGUUGUUAUGAAGAUGGGGUUAGUGAAUGUUGGCCAAUAGAUGGAGAAAUUGAAUUUCAAAACAUUUCAAUGAGAUAUGACAAAAAUGGGGAAUACGUGUUGAAAAACUUGAGUUUUAAGAUUGAUAAGAACGAGAAAAUUGGAAUCGUUGGUAGAACAGGAAGUGGGAAGUCUAGUUUGGUGAAUUGUUUGUUUAGAUUUAAAGAGAUUGAAAAUGGGGAUAUACUAAUUGAUAAGAGGAGCAUUAAAGAUAUUGGAAUGAAAAGGUUGAGGGAAAAUAUUCAAAUUAUUCCACAAGAUUCCAAUUUCAUCAAGGGGAUGAGCAUUAAAGAAUUUCUUGAUCCAGGCAGCAAAAGCAGUGCAAUUGAAUUGACAGAAUUUUUAAAAAAGAAUAGGUUCAAGCUGAGCAAUACAUAUACAUGGGAAAGAGAGUUGGAAAAUGAGAAGAUCCGAUUAUCGAAUGGAGAAAAGCAAUUUCUUAGUUUCUUGAGAAUAUUAAGGUUGAAGAAAAAACCCCAAAUCGUUAUAUUCGACGAAGCAACACUGUCAAUUGACUCUUCCAUCGAGCAGCAAAUCGAUGGAAUUCUUCAGAACUCAGUGUUCCAAAACUGCACAGUGAUCACCAUUGCUCAUCGCUUGAAGAGGCCUCUAAUACCAGAUCAUAUCAACUACACCAAAGCCUAUAACUCAUAG